AUGGCGGCCGGUGGUAUUGCUCCUGGUUUAGCCACCGGAAAAGCUUAUCCGGGAAGACUGACCGCAUAUGUCUUCAUGGCUUGCAUGAUCGCCGGAAUGGGUGGUCUUAUUUUCGGUUACGAUAUCGGUAUUUCUGGUGGUGUGACAUCCAUGGAUUCUUUCUUGAAGGAAUUCUUUCCUCAUGUUUAUGAGAAGGAAAAGAGCACGGCUGUAUCAGUUGAUCAGUAUUGUAAAUUUGAUAGUCAUACGUUGACUUUGUUCACUUCUUCUCUUUACUUGGCGGCACUUGUCGCGUCCCUUACGGCCUCGACGGUUACCAGGAGAAUGGGUCGGAAGUUUUCCAUGCAAUUGGGAGGAAUACUAUUCUUAAUUGGUGCUGUUAUCAAUGGUUUGGCUAUUAGAAUAUGGAUGCUUAUUGUUGGUCGUAUUUUACUUGGUCUUGGUAUUGGUUUUGCCAAUCAGUCUGUGCCAUUAUACCUGUCGGAAAUGGCGCCAUACAAGUCUAGGGGGGCGUUGAACACUGUUUUUCAACUGUCGAUCACGGUUGGUAUUUUGAUCGCCAACGUUCUCAACUACUUCUUUGCACAAAUCAAGGGCGGUUGGGGAUGGAGGUUGAGUCUCGGAGGUGCGGUGUUCCCGGCUUUGAUAAUCAUCCUCGGAUCGUGUUGCCUACCCGAAACAGCCAACUCCAUGAUCGAGCGUGGACAAUUAGAUCAGGCUAGAGUCCAGCUCAGAAGAAUCCGAGGUGUGGAUAAUGUGGACGAUGAAUUCAAUGACCUAGUGGCUGCUAGUGAAGCUUCCAAGAAGGUGCACCAUCCAUGGGCGAAUCUUCUAAAGCGGAAAUAUAGACCUCAUCUUGUCGUGGCCAUCCUCAUUCCUACUUUCCAACAACUUACCGGAAUCAAUGUCUACAUGUUUUACGCGCCUGUUUUGUUCAAGACAAUCGGAUUCGGAAGCAACGCCUCCCUCAUGUCGGCGGUUAUCACUGGAGGAGUAAAUGUCGUCGCUACCCUUGUUUCGGUUUAUGGUGUCGAUAAGUGGGGACGAAGAUUCUUGUUCCUCGAAGGUGGUGUACAAAUGCUUAUUUGUCAGAUCAUUGUCUCGGCUUGUAUCGGAUUGAAGUUUGGAUUCGACGGAAACCCCGGUGUACUAGAGAAAUGGUACGCCGUAGUGGUGGUUCUCUUCAUUUGCAUCUACGUCGCAGCUUAUGCAUGGUCUUGGGGUCCACUCGGUUGGCUAGUUCCAAGUGAGAUCUUUCCACUCGAGAUUAGGUCAGCGGCUCAAAGUCUCAAUGUUUCGCUCAACAUGUUUUUCACCUUCGUCAUUGCUCAAAUAUUCCUAAGUCUAUUGUGUCGCAUCAAGUUCUUGCUCUUCAUUGUCUUUGCGGUUAUCGUGUUGAUUAUGACCGUUUGGGUAUACUACUUCAUUCCCGAGACCAAGAACAUACCUAUUGAGGAGAUGCCCAUUGUGUGGAGGAACCAUUGGUACUGGAAACAAUUCAUGACGGAGGAAGUUGCUAAAACUGGUGAACCGAAUGCUUCGGAGAUUGAGAUGUAUGAUCCUGUCAAAUACACUUGA